AUGCCUCCUGUAUCGGGACAGUUAAUCUGGAUCCCCAAUGCAAGGCACGGCUUCCUUCUCCACGAACCUGUUGACAGGAUAGUCCAAACUGUUAUCAGAAUUGAUGUUAACACUCAACCUGUUUGGAUUAUUGGCAGCCCUGAGCCUUUCGAAAGAAUCAGUAGCCAUGCCAAAGUGGUGGGAUGUAUCGACGCUCUUAUAGACUGA